AUGGCGGCCCCGGGGAGGCUCCGAGCCGGCGGCGCUGCCCGCCGAGCCUCGGCGGCGGCACCGGGAGCUGCGUGGGCGCCCAUCCACCCGCCGUGCGGAGCGGCCCGGGAGCCGCAGGGAACCGCGCCCGCCCUUUGCCAUGCGGUGACCGAGCGGCUGGCCCGCCAUCGGCGGGAAGAUGUCGCCCGCUUGCCCCGGAAGCGCUCGGGCAGGCGCCAACAUGGCGUGGCGGUGCUGGGCCCGCGCCGGGGGCUGGCGCUGCUGCUGCUGCAGCCGCGGCGGGGUUUCCGCCGGGCGCGGCCGCGGCCCGAGGAGCCCCCGGCAGCCGCCGCCGAGGCGCGGCCCGGCCCGCCGCUGCCCCGCCGCAGCCUCUGCCCGCCGUCACCCACCGCCGCCGCCGGCCGCCCCUCGCCGCGCCGCCUGGUGAAGCCGCUCCUGUUCGCCGUAGGGUUCACAGGCUCGGCCUUCGGCUCCGCCGCCAUCUGGCAGUAUGAGUCGCUCAAGUCGCGCGUCCAGACCUACUUUGAGGAGGCUCGGGCAGACUGGAUGGAUAAAAUGCGGCCGCAGAAGAGAGGAGACUUCAGAAAGCAGGUUAACAGCUGGUGGAAUAACCUGACUGAGGGCCAGCGGACUGUGACAGGUAUCAUAGCUGCAAAUGUCUUUGUGUUCUGUUUGUGGAGACUGCCUGGCAUGCGACGGUUUAUGUUUACAUAUUUCACCUCAAAUCCAUCCUCCAGAGCCCUGUGUUCUCCCAUGCUGCUCUCUACAUUCAGUCACUUCUCUCUCUUCCACAUGGCAGCAAAUAUGUAUGUUCUGUGGAGCUUUUCCAGCAGCAUUGUCUCUCUUCUGGGCUGUGAGCAGUUCAUUGCAGUGUACCUUUCUGCUGGGGUUAUCUCCACUUUUGUCAGUUAUGUUGCUAAAAUGGCCACGGGAAGGUUUGAACCAUCCCUUGGAGCUUCAGGAGCUAUAAUGACUGUCCUUGCAGCCGUGUGCACCAAGAUGCCAGAAGCAAAACUGGCCAUCAUCCUCCUUCCAAUGUUCACAUUUACAGCAGGAAGUGCUUUAAAAGCCAUAAUUGCAUUUGACACUGCAGGGCUUGUUUUAGGCUGGAGACUUUUUGACCAUGCUGCACACCUUGGAGGAGCUCUCUUUGGAAUGUGGUAUGUGACUUAUGGCCACGAGCUCAUCUGGAAGAACAGAGAACCACUGGUGAAAGCUUGGCAUGAAAUGAGGACAAAGAACACAGGAAAGGGAGGAGGUGGAAGAUCUAACUGAUUCUAAUCCUAGAGAUUCCUCGUGCCCAAGUGGUAUCUUACUUGAAGACAUGGGAUUGAAUUGGUUUUGAAGGUGUUUUUGCUACUCCACAUUAAGCCUCUAAGGAGCUGAAGUUUCUAAUGUAACAAAAUUAUGUUACAAAAAUUCAUACCCAUAGAAAAUGAACUCUUUCAAAGGUGGAACAAUAAAGGUUUUUAUCCUAUUGCUUUCUGAAGUAACAGUCCACAUUACCUUUUCAAAGGUGGAAUAAAACAUGUUUUUCAAUUAA